GCGAGCCCCCGUCUUGUAAUGGUAUACCGGUCAUUUACUUUGAUCCCACGACAAUGCGACCUAAGAAUGAAAAUCACUGGACUGGUUAUGGCACACUGUUAAAUAAUCAUGUCAGUCGCAGUUUAGACAGAAUGUUACUGCACUGAAAAUAAAUGUGGAUAAAUUAGUGCGUAAGGAAAGACUCCAAACGUGCAAAGCGCAAACGCAGUUUCCGCGAAUGGAUUACGAAUUGGUGACAUGUCCCUGGCCAUCACUCUCCAAUUAUUUAUCAUGCUUAUACGAUUUUGAAUGCGCAUGGUGCGCGCCUUAUUUUGGUUAAAAGUUUGCAGUCAUCGGGAUUUUACCUUAGCAGUCUUAGGAAAGCUCAGCAUUUUACUAGUCAGACUCACACUCAGCGCCUCAGCGCGGGCCCCUUAUUUUGAAUGCAUUAUUUUGAAUGCGCCUUAUUUUGUUCAGUGCAGUGUUAAGUCGGAUUUACGGUACAUUGCUCCACCUUGUCUUGCAAUAAACUUCCUGUCGACGAUCAAUCAGAGAGGCACGGAGUGGGCAAAUCAUUGUCAUCUGGAACGGUUUUCCUUGGACCGCAUUGUGUUUUUGUCCACCUGAUUCGACGCCGUCUCCGGAUGGUGGGAAGAGUCGACACUCUGCGAAAAACGAAAUAUGGCCGCAAUCAAAUGGAUGCACCCAAGGCCAAUGAGAAAGCUCAGCAGGGCUCGUGUGUGACGGUGUACCAUGACCGCAUCAUUCGAUCAUCAAUGUUAUAAGCCGUUGUACACACUUCCCGUACGUUUAUUGUGGGGAAUCGAGCGAUUUUGGUGUGAUUUUUCAUCAGGAUAUUUGGCUCUCCUCAAAUGAAAAAUGAUGAAAAAAUCGGUGGCAGUGGAUAUUUUUUGUGGGCUGCUAGUUCUGAUUGCUGUGUGUAAUCUGCAGUUUUUGGAUGCAUGCGCAACCCACUCGGCGAGGCAACCUACCCGAACGGAUGCAGCACUAGUACUGCAAAGGGCGAAGGCCGACCUCAGAGCCAUAUUCGAAGAAUGCUGGAACUAUACCGCUUUUCGUCAGAUCCAUCAGGCGGAAGUGUUGCACAUGAACACGAAUCCUGUUCGGCUGCCGGAGCUCUCCGCGCCCCCUCCCGAUCCUAAAGGUAACGUGCACCGUCCUUUCUUGGACGAGACCAUCAGCCUGGCGUGCGCGGCCGGUUCGAGUCAGCCGAAUGAUGUGGUGUGGAAACACGAAGGUCACCCGUUAGCCCUCAACCAGACGGCGGGAACCUUUCGCUACAGCCGCGCUCGUGACAAUUCCCUCACUCUGCACAACGUCACCUACGCGGCGUGGGGCAAGUUCGAGUGUCUGCAGCGCUGUCAGAUGGAAGCGUGGUGCGUCCAGGCGGAGUACUGGGUCUUCCCCAAACCAGUGCCUAGAGUGCACGAGGUUUUCACGCAGCGCCUACUCCCGGUGGUUGUUCCGCGUUACACGCCCUUCUCGGUCACGUGUCAACUGGAGUUCCCUUGUAGUCCCGAACCAGCUCAGCACUUCGUCUGGCGUUAUAGCGGGAUCUAUCUGUCCUGGCCGCCGGGUCACUACCUGCAGCAGACGGCCUGCAUCGAUCCAGACCGGCAGACGUUGAUGAUCCACACCAACUCCACCGAGAUAACCGGCGCCGACGGUCGUCAGCACUGCGCCUCGACACUGACGCUGCACGUGCCCUGGCCGGAGCACAAAUUAGGCAGCCAGGUGGAGUGCUGGGCGCGCUCCGACACCACCCAGCAGGAAUGGUACGUCCUCGCCACUCCCGUUCAAUUCAAUGGAAGCCUGCCCUUCCCGGGAUAAACGUGGUUGAACUUUCCUAAUAUUGUAAUUGAAUGCGGCUCGAAUUAAGAAAUUUGUUGUUGGUGCUCGUCUUGAGAACUCUUACCAAUAC